AUAACCAUGGUGCACAUAAAGAAUAAGAAACAGAGAGCAAGAAAGGAGGUGUCUGAGAUUCUAAAGGAUGUACAAGAGCAAGAGAUUGUCAAUCAACUGAAACAUGGCAAGCCUGUUGAUCAAUUGGUUGAUGAACAAUUGUUCACAAUCAGCAAGAAGCCUGAUGUAGUACCAAGAUCAACUAGAGAGUUAAAGAAGUUGGAGGCUAGAAAUAAGAUUACAUACGUUCAAAAGUUGUUGUCACCUAAUGUUAAUGUGGACCCGAUUGCAAAGGAUGUAGUGGGCAGUGCACCAAAGCUACCAGAGAUGAAGUUGUUGAAGAGAUUGACAAAGACAGUGAUCAGGAAGAAGAACAUCAAUAACGUCGACGACAAUAUGGAGGAUGACGACAGCUUCCUCGACGACGAUCUAAAGCAAAAGAAGGACAAUAAGUUGAGGAGAAAGAAGUUUGACGAUAUAUGGCACAACGCUGACAAGCCCGUCGUGGUGGAGGAGCCUCACUUUGUCAAGGACGAGGUCAAGGUGCAGAUAUUCGCCCCACCCAAGCACAAGGCGCUGGUCAAGGAUGCCAAGGCACUCGAGCUGCCCAAGGCAGGUCUGUCGUACAACCCCGACAAGGCCGAGCAUCAGACCGUCAUCCAGGACGCAGUGGCUAUCGAGCUGUACGCUCAAAAGUACGUCGACAAGAUCAGGAAGGGCUUCGAGGUCGAGCAGAUCAAAUAUCCAAAGACUGUGCAUUCGGACGAUGAUAAGGAGGACGACGACGAGGACGAGGAGGGACAACUCAAUGCAAUGAACGAGCGAGUGACCAGGAAGGAGAAGAACAAGAGAAGGAGAAGAGCAGAGGAUAACAAGCGACAGAUGGCCAAGUUGCAACUAAAGAAGCAGUCCAAGGAGCUUGAUCGCUCCGCAGACAUGGCUGCCGAGAUUGCCAAGAAUGAAGAACUGAUAGCGGCCAGAAGAGUCGAGCGUACAAAGACAGAGAAGCUCAAGGAGGGCUUGACCAAGAAGGUUGGAAAGUAUGUCAUUGCCACCGAGACUGAACCAGUCCUGUUGGCUGAUGAGUUGCCAAAGUCAUUGAAGAACCUUAAUAAUCCACAAUUCAAUCCACUCAUGGAUAGAUACAAGAGUUUGCAAAAGAGAAACAUUGUGGAGGCAUCUGGACCAAAGGGCGAGAAGAAGGAAGCAUGGAAGAAGGUAUACACAAGGAACUCAUACCAUAACUCUAAUCCA